AUGGCUGAUUGGCCUCAGUUACCGCGGUCGCCGACUCGUCGUGACGGGCACUUUCAGUCCGACACAACCGACUUCCACCUUUUUGAGACCCGACAAGCGCAGCGAAGUGACACACACGAGAUAGGACGAGGACGCCGAAAACAAGUUCGAAGUGAUGGAGGCCUGGCGUCAUCCCUUUCAUCGCCUUUCAGUGGCAAUGCAAUGGACUUUAACGCAAACUUAUCCUUUCAGGAACAACAGCAGCCUCCGCCUCUGCCGUCGUCGUUGUCUCAUCUUUGGCCCACACUGGAAAGGGAAGACGCGCUCUAUCAUUCCCAGCAGGGACAGCAACUUUACCAGCAGCAGACGCUGAUGUAUCCAACUCAAGGCACAAGUCAAUCGUCCUUGGCAUCUUGGGGAAGUCUGGAACUUGACGGACAGCAACUUGGACGCGACCUUGUGCCGUCUGUGCAAUUCAAAGAUGAACGGCAAUGGGGCACUGGAGCUGCAACGACAGUAAUAGGCGAUGGUAAUCGAGGAGGCGUAAACCUCUCGGAUGCAAUGCUUAACUUAAACUUAGGUGAAGGAAUGCAGAUGCAGAACGAUCCGGGACGCGGAGCUUUGAAAAGGCCCGGAGCUGCAAGUCACUCGACGGCUUCGCUCCGUGAUCAAAUGAAUGCUCAAAUGGCUGCUCUGUAUCAAGACCCAAAGCCUCCCGAUCAUGAUCGGGUGCUAUCGCAGUCGCUACAUUUUAAUCAACACCAGCCAUUGGCACAGUCAGGUCAUGACUUGUUGAGAAUGCUCAACAGUGGCAGAAGCGAUCCUGGAUUUGGACGACGAGAAUUGUAUCCAGCACCGGAUAUGGCAACAAUGGCUGCUGGCAGGAUGCAGUCGCCAGCAUUAAGUGGGGUGUCAAGUUAUCCAACGUCUAGUCCGAAGAACAGAGCCGAUCGUGGAUGCCCCGCACCUGCGAUUUCAUCGCCUUCCAGAGUCUCUCAUUCUAGAAGCUCGACCCCAUCGCGUACGCGCCGUUCACAAGCAAUGUCGCCCCAGCUUUAUCGGGAGAAAUCGGCCCCUUUGCAACUGGCGGCAGGCCAGGGUAAUUCGAUUCAUGUAUCUCCAGAGGAAACUAAGCCCAACGACGAUAUCAAGGUACAAGUUGCGCUUUUGGCAGAAGAGUGUAUUGCCCGGAGAGUGCUUCUUGUAGGGCUUUUCCGUCUCGGACAACCUACGAACGACAAGCCAAUUUUUGUGAAGCAGGUUUUGUUUGAGAACAAACUGCACCGAAAUUAUCGUUAUUUGAAUACGCGUAUCACGUUCCGCGCCCCACGCUCUCCAGGCGAGUUUGAAUUCCGUGUCUUCGAAGACAAAAGCGGCCAAGGUCAUCCGCCUAAUGGCCGUCGCCAAGGGCACACGAAUGGUGAUCAUCACGGUGGUAAUAAUCACCACGACAAGGUGUCGUACUCGAACGUGAUUAUUGCGCGCAGCAAUCGGUUGAAGGUUUGCUUAGAGUACAGUCACUUCAUCGAUACACUACGUGCGACGCACGACAAGUUUCAGCAAGGUGUCGUCGACGGUGACGCUGGCCUUGUCUUGAGUGCCCUUCUUGCGCUUAUGCGACUUGUGGACCAAGUGGAAACUAUUUUUCUUCACGGCCAUACUCUGCUGGGUGAUUUGCUGGAGGCUUUUCUACGCUUACUUGAGCGUAGUGCUGACGAGAUCGAAAUGUCUUUCAAAGCCACUGAGACGAUUCCGUUUCCUGUGGAGACUUUUCACGGCACGCUGCGCAACGUUUUUAAUUCAAUUGAGGCUAAUAAGUACGUAAGAGAGCUCGUGGCAAAUAACCAGCUUGCUGACAUCGCUCGCAUUCAGCGUGACCGCUUUUGCCAAGUUAGUGGGCUAUACUUCGAAAACAACGAGGAUCGUUGCGCUUUUUGGCUGGAGCACUUUGGGUUUGCACCGAUAAGCAUCGCAUUUUCAGGGCUAGAUUGUGGCGGCGAAGAUGAGAUGUUGCACACCGCUCCAUUUGUGACACGUGCUUUGACUCAGUGGGUAGAAAGGGAGGCAGCCGUGCUGAUGCCGGAUAGCGCUGCUUUUCGCGCGUCGCGCCAACCAAUAUAUGACCAACUGGAUGCUGAGGUUAUAUCUAAGCUAUCGUUUGCAUGUGAACUGGAUGUGUUCGGAUCGUCGGCUAACGAGUUUGGCAAUGAGCAAAGUGAUAUGGACAUGUGCCUCGUGUUGCCCGAGUUGGGCAGCCCAACUGUAGAGGAGAAGCAACAGAUGCUGCUUGAAGUGGUUGCUCGACUUGAGUCGCGUCCGGACUUGUUCGCGUCGGUGGAUACGACGCGCCUGACAGCGCGCAUCCCGAUCAUAAUGUUUGUUUCACGCACUGUGGGCAUUGAGUGUGACUUGUGCGUCGAAAACCGACUGGCACAGCGCAACACUGCCCUUCUCCGUGCAUACGCGAAUGCUGAUCCACGCAUGCGUAUGCUGGCUUAUGUCAUAAAGCGCUUUGUAAAACAACGGCGUAUGAACUGUGCCGCCGAGGGCACGCUUUCAUCGUACGGCUACCUGCUUUUGCUCAUCCACUUUCUCCAGCGCCAGGAUCCACCUGUACUGCCGGUGCUACAGGCUCUGCCUCCAAACUGGCCCGAUCAUCCUUGUGAACAGUUGCCAAGCGUGCUGUGCCGUGGUCCUAGUGAGGAGUUGGACCCCGGAGCAGGCAACGACACUGACGGCCACAAUGGUAUCGAGACGUAUUUCUACGACCCGUUUGCGUUCCGUGAGCCGAACGAAAAAAUAGCCUUACUACGUGAAUACUGCGCACGCAACACACAAACUGUAGGUGAGCUGCUGCUUGGUUUCCUGCGCUACUACGGUUUGCAGUUUGAUGCCACCCGCAAUGUCGUGAGCGUUCGUCGUCCAGAUGCUGGCCUUGUUAGCAAAGAAGAAAAGCGGCAAACUUCGCAGUGGCGGUUCACGACGCGGCUGAGUAUCGAAGAUCCAUUCGAAGUGAGCUACGACGUGGCGCACGUUCUGAAGGGAUCGCGUGACAAAUACAUUCGCCAGCAGCUUGUGCGGGCGUAUGUGCUGCUUAUGGACGGCGCUGUACACCAGACAAGCAAGUCUGGACCGGGCGGAAGCCUACCUGCGCGAGGCGCUGGAACUGAUGACGAAGCUGUUGAGCAUAUAAUGUCGAUCGUGAAUGAACGCGCGACGGACGUGCCAUUCCUGCAAGCGCCAGCGCGCCCACUUUCAUCUGUAUCGAUAGCCACCUAA